UCACUAGCUCACGUGCGCAGUUGUGCGUUCUCCUGUAUAUUAAUUUUUAACCUGUUUCGAAAAAUAAAUUUAAUUGUUGAUAUUUAAUAUUUAUUAUUAAAUUAUAAAACAAUUUGCUGUUAUAAUUCAGAUAGAAACCGGUGUUAGUUUAUAAAUUAUUUAAGAAAUUAUAAAUAAAACAAGACAAGUGGUAAUUUUUAUAGUAAAAACAUUCCUUUUUUUGUGUUUACACAAACCAUAAUGAUGGAAACGAUGUCAAAACCAAAUUAUAAACUUCUGUUUAAAUCGGAAAAUUUUACCAGUAACUAUCAUGUAGAACCACAUCAUUACAAAAUCAAAUUUGUACCGCAUAUCCGAGAAAAUGAGCUCACUUUUGAUGGAGAAGUUUCCAUAGAUUUCAAAAAUUUGAAAACAAGAAGUUCCUUUCAAUUGAACGCUAAAAAUUUGGCAACUGUUGAAAAUGUUAUUUUGAAAAAAGAUAAUAAAAUUUACGAGUCAUGUGAUUUUACGGUCACUAUUGAUAAGACCGAAAAUAUAUUGAGUAUAAAUUUCGAUACAGUACUUGAUCUUGGUAUUUAUAAUUUAUAUAUCCAGUAUAAAGGUCAAGUUCUCGACAGUACUGAAGUUUUAAAACAUGUUUAUUAUUUUGAUAAAUUUGGAAAAUGGCAAUGGAUACUACUGAGUGAUUUUCAAACUGAAGGUGUUGAAGAAUUGUUUCCAUCCUGGAACAAUGAUUCGCGUCAGACAACUUUUGAAUUUUCCGUCAAGCACAAUAAAGAAUAUACAGUAUUAUUUAAUGCGCCGCUAAAAGAAAUAAUAACUGCAGACGAUCUAAAUUCGGUCUGGUCAAUUUUUGAAAAAACUCGAAAUUUGUAUCCACGAAAUUUUGCUUUCAUUGUUGGAAAUUUAGAAUAUUUGACUGCGUAUGAUGACGAUCUGUUCAAACUGUGGCUCCCUAAAAAUACAAUUGACUGUGAGAAUAAUGACAUUAAAAUUGUGAGAAAAUUGUGGAAAGCACUGGAAGAUGUAACCGGUGUAACUCAUAACGAGCAUCAGUACAAUAAAUUGGAUGUUGUCGUUUUGCCGGAAUUUAUUCAAAUUAAAAAACGCAACUGGGGACUUUGUAUCGUUAAUGAUGUGAGUAUUGGAUUUAAAAAAAAUAUCGAUAAAACUGAAAAAAUUACCACAAUUACGGAAAUAGCAAUUUCAUUAAUCGAUCAUUGGUUUGGUGACCUUAUUGAAAGUGUUAGUUAUGAUUACGGAAAAUCCUUAACCUAUGGCCUUCGUUCUUAUUUAGCUCAACUGAUAGUUGAUAAGGUUGAUAACACGGCUCAUUCUAUUGAUCGAUUGAUUAAUGCUCACGGACAAGUAGGAAAUUGGAAUUAUGAUCAUUCUAACUAUAUCUCACGUACAAUUGAAAAUGUUUUGGGUAAAUAUAACUUCCAAACGGCUAUGAGAAAUUAUAUAUUAAAUAAUGAAUCUAAAGAUCAAAUAGUCAGUGAGCUUUCCGAUGAAAUUAUAAAAGCGUCUAGAGAUAUGAAAGAAACUAUGAAAAAAGUUUUGAAAAAUUGGUUUACUGUUUCGUUGUCUCCCACAAUCACGGUCACUCGUAACUAUGAAAAAAACACAAUGAUUGUUACACAAGCACUAUCUUUAUCUGAUCUGGAGUCAGAUUGGAGAUAUUGGGUUCCAUUGAAUUGGACAACUAAUUUUGACGACCCUUAUUUUGAAGAUACAUCGGUAACUCUGUGGUAUGAUGGUUAUUGUAUGAAAAUUCAAAUUUCGAUUACAGUACCUGAUGAUCGCUGGAUAAUUAUAAACAUACAACAUUUCGGUACCUAUCACAUAAAUUAUGAUGAAAAAAAUUGGAAAUUAAUUAUAAAUUAUCUGAAAACGGAUAAUUACUCAAAGAUUCAUCUCUUCAAUCGUAUUCAGCUGAUUAACGAUGCAUUUACCUUUGCCAGUCAGGGAUUUCUUGAUUACAGUAUACCCUUUGAAUUAGCGAAGUAUCUUACUCGUGAAACAGAAUUUGCUCCAUGGGCAGCAUUUUUGCAUCACAUUGAACAAUUAUAUUAUGAAUCAUCAAUACGUCAUUCCAAAUACUUCGAUAAUUUCAAGAAAUAUGCUUUGAAGCUGACUAAUAAAUUAAAAAAACGGGUUCUACUAGUGGAUGAAGCCGAUGAUGAUUUUACUACGCGACUUUUAAGAAUUUCUUUGGUGAAUGUGUGUUCCAUUCUUGAGUCAAGUGAUUGGGGAAAUUAUGCCCUUACCAAACUUAAAAAGUGGCUCGACGAUCCUGAUAAAUAUCCAAUUUCUGCAGACAUGAAAGUUGCGAUUCUUAACAGCGGAAUGAGAUUUGCAGAUGAAGAUACUUGGAAUAAAUUAUGGGAAAAGUUUAAACUAAAUUUGGAAAAUCCUAAGAAUGAAAUAUUCUCAUACUGUCAAGCAAGAGAAUAUGGAACCUUUAAAGAUCAAGAGUUUCUUCAUGCUCUGUGUUGUGUUCAAAACAUUGAAUUGUUAAAAAAGUUUAUAAUAAUGAUCUGGUCAAAUGUUAUAGAGGAUGUAACUCAAACGCUAUUUUUGGAAAAUCUUUACCGGCUGAAUGGAAAAGCCGUUGACGUCGUUUUAGACCUUGAUUACAACUCCACUCAGGCUGACGGAAGUCCUGUGUUUUCUCGGAAAGUUACGUUCGAUGCUACUCAAAAUUUUAUUAAAUUUAUAAGAACUAAUGAUCAUCUGCAAAAAUUCAAUCGAAUGAGCCAGGCAACUCAGGGUGAAUGUGUGGGUAGCUCUAUCAGUAGAUUGUGUGCUGCAAAAUCCGUCUCCCAAUCCAACGAAAAAUUAAAUAAAAUGAAAAAGUUUUUUGAUAAAAAGAAAUGAUAAAUCGAUCUAAUUUUUAUUACUGCCAAUCAAUUUUUAUUGUAAUUAUGAAUGUAUUUACUGAUUGAUAAAAAAAAGUAACACUCAAUACAUGUGUAUUUUUUUU